UUUGCUCUGUUUUGACCUUUUUCUUUUAAAUGCACCCGGAGCUGCAACAAAACCCCCAGCAAAGAAAUCUGCGAAGCAAAUAUAAAAGAAGCAGCACUGACAGGAAGUAGAACACAUUUCAGCACACAGCAGUGUGAAAUACAUUCAAGUGACCAGGAAUUACCCACAUGGCUGUAACACACAUUUUUACAGAGUUUGAGAUGACAGACAUGGGAGACCCCGACAAUGAUACAGACUACAAUGUUUGGAACACAACAGACAAUCAGUCUGGCUUCUACUGUGAUGAAGACAACCUGGGCCUGCAGACCUUUGAUGCUGUGUUUCAGCCUGUGCUUCACAGCUUGAUCUUCCUGCUGGGUGUAGUAGGGAACGGCCUGAUGAUAACCGUCCUCCUGAGACGUUGGCGCCUCCUGCGCAUUACUGAGAUCUACCUACUGCACCUUGCCCUGGCUGACCUGAUGCUCCUUUUCACGUUUCCUUUCAGUUUGGCUGACAAAGCCUCUGGUUGGGUAUUUGGGGCGUUCCUCUGCAAACUGAUUGAGCUGAUGAAAAGUCUUAACCUCAUCUGUGGGAGUUUCCUUCUUGCUUGCAUUGGGUUUGAUCGGUAUUUGGCUAUUGUUCAUGCUAUUCCUAGCAUGCGAAGUCGACGUCCACGAAUAGUGCAACUAACAUGCAUUUUACUAUGGCUGGUCUGUUUGGCUUUAUCAAUGCCAAAUGUUGUGUUUCUUGCUGUAAAGGAGGCACACGCAAACACAUCCAGGCUCUCCUGUUUCUAUUAUAAUUAUGAAAUCAAUGCACAUAAUUGGGUUUUGACCAAAAGAGUCUUAGAUCACAUUUGCUUUUUCCUCCCUCUGGCUGUCAUGAGCUACUGCUACACAGCAUUGGUGGUUACUCUGUGCAACAGUCAGAAAAGCCAAGCAAAGCAAGGGGCCAUUCGACUGGCUUUAAUUGUCACUCUUGUCUUUUGCUUCUGUUGGCUCCCAUAUAAUAUCACCUUAGUGAUACAAACUAUGGCAGACCUGAAGGGUAUCUCAUUUGAUGACUGUAAAUCUUAUGACCUACUGCAAGUAGCCCUUGAUGUUACAAAGAGCCUGGGUUUGUCACACUGCUGCCUGAACCCUUUCCUGUAUGCCUUUGUUGGGGUGCAGUUUCGCAAUGAGUUAAUUCGGUUACUUUGUGAACUGGGCUGCAGACGUGUGUGUCUGCCUUUCAUCAGAGCUCAGGGUCACAGUCGACCAUCCUUUUCUGACGCCGCAACAACCACCAGCGCAGUCCUCAUCUAAUAAACUCUCAUACAAUGUGAGCUGUAACUAAAAUGCUUAUGUUCUGUUCUAUAUUUCACUUGUAAUGAUGAAAAAUGUUACUAUUUUAUCAGAAGUUCUGACAAUAUAUUACCCACUGCUAACUUGAUUGUAAGACGUUUUAUUAACCCAGUCAAGAAAAAAAAAUAUUGUUGUUGUAACCUGUUUUUGCUUGAAUUUUAGCAACUGCUGAUUGAAUGAAAUAAAGAUAUCAUAUAUAACACAACAACCAUGUCCCCUUGCCAGUGUUAUCAAACAACAGUAAUUGACAACACAAUAACCAAAACUAAACCACCUUAGAGAUCAGUAUUAUUCUAUUUUUAGACUUCUAUUAAAACACAGUUAUACAGAACAACUGCAAACAAUCACAAAUUGCAUCUUAUAUACAGCAAGUAUAUAUUAUAUUACACACACACACACACACACACACAUACAUAUACAUAUAUUAGA